AUGUUCAAUCGUAAGCACGGCUUUUCUGAAGCCUUUGUGCGAGGCUGCCACUCAAAGCGACUGAGCAAACGAGACUACGAGGAACUUGGCCGUUGUGACUCGUUGGAGGACGUAAAAACUUAUCUGGAGUCCAUCAGUGACUAUUCCGAUUAUCUCCGCAACGUCCAACCGCCUGUAAAACCAGAGGACAUCGUCGCGUGCUGCAAGAGGAGGCACGUUAAGGAGUUUAACACGUGCCAACACCAGGCAUCACCACCACUUUCUACUUUCCUGGAAUACUUGACGUAUGGUCACAUGAUCGAUAACUUAAUGCUGGCGCUGAACGGAAUGCUGCAUGGGCGAAGUUCGGAGGAGAUACUCGACAAGUGUAGUCCGAUAGGACUGUUUGAUUCACUUCCGUCCGUGGUAAUAUCUGGCAACGUUCAGGAACUCUACAGAUUAGUUUUAGUUGAUACCCCUCUCGCGAAAUAUCUUAGUGGCGCUGUCAGUGCGGCAGAUCUUGAUGAGUUGAAUGUUGAACUCAUUAGAAAUGUUUUAUACAAGGAGUACCUUCAAGACUUCAUGAAAUUUUGCUCGACUCUAGACUUACGAACGAAUGAGUUAAUGAAGAAUCUACUAGAUCUUGAGGCUGAUCGUCACGCUAUAAGAAUCACGGUAAACUCUUUUGGGACGGAACUGUCCAAAAGUGUUCGGACCACUCUUUACACCAACUUUGGUACUAUGCACCCAGAUGGAUUUGUCCGUCUCGCAACUUGUGAGACGGUGGAUGAGGUGAAGCAAGUUUUGGUGACGUAUCCAGGAUUCCACGAAGUGGCAGCAAAAGACGACGCUCACGAUGUAGAUCGGGGCCUUCGUAUACUUGAACUAGAAAGCUGUCAGCGUGUGCUUGCUGAGCAGUUCAAUUUAGCUGCGUUCUACGCCUUUUCGAAGUUCCAGGAAAAUGAAUUGAGUAACCUAAUGUGGUUAACUGAGUGCAUUGCACAAAGGCAAAAAAGUAGUUUAGGUGAAGGGCUAAUCUGCAUCGAUACUCAUCUUUAG